UUAGAUGCACUGGGUACUUUAGAUUGUUGGAGUUCGCUGCAAAUUCUUUGUAAGAAAAUCUGAUGCACACAACUAUUGGAAAGACAGAAAUUGGCUUCAAUUCAGGAAAUUCUUGACAAUGGAGAUUGGCUUGUGAUUUGUUACACAAAUUGAUGUGUAAUAAAGUGAUGUUGUGAUCCUUUCAUUUUCAUGACCAGAAGCUCUCCCAUUAAUGGCCAGCCAACAGUUCUUCCAUUCCCCAAGUGGCUUCUCCUCCCAAACAUACAUCUACCACAGCCCCCGCCCCUCCGUUCCUCUUCCUCCUCUAACAACUCCUCUCUCCGUCACUUCCUACCUCUUCUCCCUCCUUAAUUCCCAUCCUCCGCCGCCACACGCCGCCGCCCUCGUUGACGCCCUCACUCGCCGCCAUAUUCUCUACUCUGACUUCGUCCUUAACAUCAAAACCCUUGCCUUCUUUCUCAAAACCAAGUUCAACCUCUCCAACAACGACACCGCUUUUGUUCUCUCCCGCAAUUCGAUCCACUUACCCAUUCUUUACUUUUCUCUCUUUUCCAUUGGUGUCACCGUCUCUCCUUCAAAUCCCGCCAAUACCAAACCGGAGAUUCUCCGCCUAAUUCAGCUUUCGAAACCGGUCAUUGCGUUUGCCACGUCAGACACUGCUGAUAAAAUCCCUUCGCUUAAAUACGGUACCGUUCUUCUCGACUCGCCCGUGUUUGAAUCUUACGUGACGACCCAAGUGGAUGAACGGGAUUUGGAUUCUGAGCUGGACGCGGUACGUGUUUCGCAGUCAGAUCCGGCGGCGAUUUUAUACUCUUCGGGGACGACGGGGAUGAUCAAAGGGGUGGUUUUGACUCAACGGAACUGGAUAGCUUCGUUGGCGGGAGCUCAUGCGGUUCGUACAGUGAGGGAGACUCCCGCUGUUGCGCUGUGUGCGGUUCCAUUUUUCCAUGUCUACGGGUUUCGGUAUUGCGUGACGGCGUUGGCGUUGGGGCAGAGUUUGGUGAGCAUGGAAAGGUUUGAAUUUGGAAUUUUCAUGAGAACCAUCGAAGAGUUGAGAGUUAGCCACGUGGCAGUGUCCCCACCCAUCGUUCUUAUGAUGGCUGAAGACCGUCGUUCGAUGGACUGUUACGAGUUAAGCAAGCUUGAAGGUUUGGCCUGUGGUGGAGCCCCUCUGACGUUGAGCGUUAUUAAAAAAUUUAAAAAACGUUUACCUCAAGUUCAGCUAGCUCAGGGAUAUGGGCUGACUGAAUCAACUGGCCGAAUUUUUGGAACGAUUGGUCCAGAAGAAUGCCAGGUAAUCGGAGCAACAGGAAAGCUUGCACCGAAUUGCGAAGCUAAAAUUGUUGACCCUGAUACAGGCAUUGCUCAGCCUCCUGGAAAACCUGGAGAGCUUUGGCUCAGGGGAUCAUUAAUUAUGAAGGGUUAUAUUGGUGAUGAAGAAGCAACUGCUAAUAUUCUGGAUUCGGAGGGUUGGUUAAGAACUGGGGAUCUUUGUUACAUAGACAGUGAGGGAUUUCUGUUUUAUGUGGACAGGAUAAAAGAGAUGAUCAAAUACAGAGGGUACCAGGUUGCCCCUGCUGAACUGGAGCAUCUGCUUCUAUCUCAUCCGGAUAUAGCCGAUGCAGCUGUGGUCCCGUACCCAGAUGAGCUAGCAGGUCAGGUACCAGUGGCUUUUAUGGUGAGAAAAGGCGGAAGAAACAUUGAUGAAUCACAAAUCAUGGAUUUCAUAAACAAACAGGUUGCUCCAUACAAGAGAAUCCGACAGGUUAAUUUCAUUAAUGCUCUUCCCAGGAAUGCGACAGAUGUGCCUUCAGCAUAAAAGAAUUUUGGGCGAUCUGACCCAGUAGCUAAAAUAACUACACUGUUUAUGACUGAGAAGAAAGAAGAAAAGAACAAAAAAAGUGCCUGCUGCCAGAUGUAAUUUGUGAUUUUUUACGUAGGGAAGGUCAGACUCAAAGCCAUUCUACAUAUCAUAUUUUCAUGUUCUGUAACAUUUAUUGAAGAUGAUUACUAUUGCACAAGUUUGACAAAGGAAAA